AUGGAGGUGCAGGUGGAACUCACGGAGGAUGAGAAGAAGUGCUGGUUCAGAAAGAAGGAAGUUCCUGACCUGGCAUCCAAGGAGAUGUCGUCCACCUACGAGAAGUUCAGCUUGCCCAGCAAGGAGGAAGGCUGCGACGAGCUGCUGUACAUGUGGUACAAGGCCCCCCAGUGCCAACAGUACCUCGAGAAGUGGGUCCUGGACCGAAAGCUGGUGCAGCGGGUGGAGGAUUUGCAGCCUUCCGACUGGUUCCGGGGCAAGCACGCGGAGUGGAACAGAGUCCUGGGUUUCUGGACGAAGAGAAAACAGCAGGAGUACAAGGACCCCAAUCGCAGAAGGCUGGCCGCAAAGAGGAAGGAGGUAGACGAGGCCAAGAAGAAGGCGAAGGAGGAGGGUGCUGCAAAUGAGAAGGAAGACAAGGAGGAGGAAAAGGAGAAGGCCGAAGAGGAAGGAAAGGAGAAGGAUGAGGAGAAGGAGAAGGAGAAGGAAGCGGAUGAGAAGGAGGAGAUGGAAGUGGAUGCAGAGUCUUUGGAUCCCUUCGCCGUGGAGGAUGUGUGCGACAUUGGCGGCAGCCAGCCCCUCUUCGCGAACUUUGGCUAUGAGGACUGGGUGCUCAUCGCUCUGCGCUUCGAGCUGCAUUUGCUAUGCCAUGCCUUCCGCCACGACUUGGAUGACCCAGAUAGAACCAGCUUCCAAGAGAGCCACUUAGCUUUCUACUAUCAGAAGUACUUUAAGAGACCGCUGAAUCUGCGAAGUUUCGGUGUGGACUCGAACAACCAGCUCGUCGAGCUGGUGAAAGACGUGGUGGAGCUCAACGCCAAAGGAGCAUUGGAGGCGCAGCUCUCCUCCGACUCACCGCUGGAGAAUUUCGUGCGCCUCACCGAGGACGCACGGAGGGAUCGUCAGCUCCGAGUGGAUGCCGGGGAUGCGCGGAAUGCCCUCAGCGCACAUUACCAGCUCAUGGGCAACGAAGUUCAGUGA